CUCCCGACCGGAAACACCAGCUGCCAUUCAAUUUUGUGAGCCUGCAGGAGUUCAGCGCUAAUAUACAGCAUUUUGUCUUGCCACAUAUACAACGGCAUUUUCAUUUCCGACCCAAACACUUCACAGCAAGAACCUAAUUAUGUGUAACUGACUGCGGUGUUUACAUUUCAAGUCAUGUCUUUCCAUCAAGACCGUGGCACCCCUAGAAGUGGAGGAGGAGGAGGAGGAGGAAUUCCCCCUGACCAAAACUACCGACCUGCCAAUCUGAGGCCCCCGCAGCCUCCCUUGCCCCCGUACACAUAUGACCCCCAAACUCCUCCCACACCUAGCUACCAUGGCAACAGCAGCUACAUGCCUCCCCACCCGGACUUCAUGCAAUAUCCGCCUCCGCCGCCACCCCAGACUCCCGCUUCUCUUCACCCUUGCCCCGUGCGUCCGCCCUUCCCCAAGCCGUCCGUGGGAGGAUUCCCCGAGCCCCCACCCAGUUUUCCGCCGCCUCCUCUGCCCUUAGUCGCCGGCGCUUCCCCCCAGGUGACGCAGCAUGCCUACCACUCUUACAUGAUGCCGCCCAUGCCUCCCCCGCCCAUGCCUCCACCCAUGAGUUACCCGCCUCCGUACACCAUGGGCUACCCUCCUUUUCCACCCCCUGGCUUCAGCCCCGGUUACGCCCCUAGCCCCACGUCAUUCAAAGCCGACCAGAGCUUCCACCGCAGGGGGCCGUACAAGUACGACAAACCCGGCGAUGGCAGGCGGUCCCCCGAGAGAGGAUAUCGCCACGACGACCACCGGCAGAGGGGCUACGGUGACAAACAAGAGAGGAAGGACCGCGGCAGAAGUCCAGACAGACACGGAAGAUCCGACGGCGGGAGGUACAGGUCCCACUACGACCGAGAACGAUCUCCUGGAAGACACCGGAGCCGGGAUCAUAGCAGAGAGCGCUAUCGACACAGAGAGAGUCGGAGAUCCCAGUCGCCUGACCGACACAGAAAGAGGCCUCGCAGCCGCUCCACAAGCAGAGACAGGAAGCGCGGCCGCUGGGAGGAGGAGAGGGACCGCAGGUCCGAGUCCUCGUCAGUUAUGAGCCGAGACCGCGGCUACUCCUCCACCCGCAGCCGAGAAUCCGAGGAGAGCGUCGCCGACCGAGAGCGGGAAGCGGAACGGGAAAAGGAGAAAGUGGACGAAGAGAAGGUGGAAGAAGACCUGCUGAAGCCCGCCUGGAUCCGCUGCACCCACGCUGAGAACUAUUACUCCAAUGACCCCAUGGAUCAAGUGGGGGAUUCCACAGUGGUCGGGACGAGUAAACUGCGAGACCUGUAUGAGAGUUUCGAGGAGGAGCUGGGCAGGAGGCAGGAGCGAGCCAAGGAAGCUCGACCCAAAUGGGAACCGCCAAAGACUAAACUCGAUGAAAAUCCAGGUGUCAGCAGCAGCGAGUCGGACUGCGAGUCCGACGGUGAAGGAAGUUCUUCCUCCAGCGGCUCGGAUUUGGAUGUCUUUGACGUCAUCGCAGAGAUCAAGAGGAAGAAAGCGCACCCCGACCGACUUCACGAGGAGCUGUGGUACAACGAUCCGGGACAGAUGAAUGAUGGUCCUCUGUGCAAGUGCAGCGCCAAGGCCAGACGCACCGGGAUACGCCACAGCAUCUACCCGGGGGAGGAGCCUGCCAAACUGUGUCGAGGCAUGAACAACAACAUCGGCAAGCUGUUCCACUACAGGAUCACCGUGUCUCCCCCCACCAACUUCCUGACGGACCGGCCCACCGUGAUCGAGUACGACGACCACGAGUAUCUCUUUGAAGGUUUCUCUCUCUUCUCCCAUGUGCCACUCACCAACAUUCCAUUGUGCCGGGUGAUCCGCUUCAACAUAGAUUACACCAUCCACUUCAUAGAGGAGAUGACGCCCGAGAACUACUGCGUCCAGGGCCUGGAGCUGUUCGCCUCAUACCUCUUCCGGGACAUUCUGGAACUGUACGACUGGAACCUGACGGAUCCAAAUGUGGACAAUGACCCCAGUGAAUCAUGCCAGCGGUUCCACUUCAUGCCUCGGUUUGUUCGCUUCCUACCAGACGGGGGCAAGGAGGUGUUGUCCAUGCACCAGGUGCUGCUCUACCUCCUGCGCAGCAGCAAGCCUCUGGUCCCCGAGGAGGAGAUUGCCGACAUGCUGCAGUGGGAGGAGCUGGCGUGGCAGAAGUAUGCGGAGGAGUGCAAGGGCAUGAUCGUCACCAACCCGGGCUCGAAACCGAGCUCGGUGCGAAUCGACCAGCUGGACCGGGAGCAGUUCAACCCAGACGUCAUCACCUUCCCCAUCAUCGUUCAUUUCGGGAUACGACCUGCUCAGCUCAGCUACGCUGGAGACCCUCAGUACCAGAAGCUAUGGAAGAGCUAUGUGAAACUGCGCCACCUGCUGGCCAACAGCCCCAAAGUCAAGCAACUGGACAAGCAGAAGCUGAUGCAGAGAGAGGAAGCUCUUCAGAAGAUCCGUCAGAAGAACACUAUGCGCCGCGAGGUGACAGUGGAGCUCAGCAGCCAGGGAUUCUGGAAGACUGGCAUCCGCUCCGAUGUCUGUCAGCACGCCAUGAUGCUGCCCGUCCUCACCCAUCACGUCCGCUACCACCAGUGUCUCAUGCACCUGGACAAGCUCAUCGGCUACGUCUUCAAGGAGCGCUGCCUCCUGCAGCUGGCCAUGACUCAUCCCAGCCACCAUCUCAACUUCGGCAUGAACCCCGACCACGCCCGCAACUCACUCUCCAACUGCGGCAUCCGCCAGCCCAAAUACGGCGACAGGAAAGUUCACCACAUGUACAUGCGGAAGAAGGGAAUCAACACGUUGAUUAACAUCAUGUCCCGCCUGGGUCAAGACGACCCCUCCCCCUCCAGGAUCAAUCACAACGAGAGGCUGGAGUUCCUCGGCGAUGCAGUCGUGGAGUUUCUCACCAGUGUCCACUUGUACUACCUCUUUCCCACCUUGGAGGAGGGAGGCCUGGCCACCUACAGAACAGCCAUAGUGCAGAACCAGCACCUCGCCAUGCUCGCUAAGAAACUGGAGUUGGAUCGCUUCAUGCUCUACGCUCACGGACCAGAUCUGUGCCGGGAGUCGGACCUGCGACACGCCAUGGCGAACUGCUUUGAGGCCCUCAUUGGUGCCGUGUAUUUAGAGGGCGGCUUGGAGGAGGCCCGGCAGCUCUUUGGAAGGCUGCUCUUCAACGGCCAGGACCUGCGGGAUGUCUGGCUCAACUACCCGUCGCACCCUCUGCAGGUCCAGGAGCCGCAGACGGACAGGCAGCUGGUGGAGACGUCACCCGUCCUGCAGAAACUGACCGGCUUCGAGGACUCCAUCGGGGUGCUGUUCACGCACGUGCGCCUGCUGGCCCGAGCCUUCACGCUGCGGACGGUGGGCUUCAACCACCUGACGCUGGGCCACAACCAGAGGAUGGAGUUCCUGGGAGAUUCCAUCAUGCAGCUUGUGGCCACUGAGUACCUCUUCAUCCACUUCCCCGACCACCACGAGGGACAUUUAACACUGUUGCGCAGUUCGCUGGUCAACAACCGCACCCAGGCCAAAGUGGCAGAGGAGCUGGGCAUGCAAGACUUUGCCAUCACCAACGACAAAACCAAGCGGCCUGUGGCGCUCCGGACAAAGACCCUUGCUGACCUGUUGGAGUCUUUUAUUGCAGCGCUCUACAUUGACAAGGAUCUGGAGUAUGUGCACACCUUCAUGAACGUCUGCUUCUUCCCCCGACUGAAGGAAUUCAUCCUGAACCAGGACUGGAAUGACCCCAAGUCUCAGCUGCAGCAGUGCUGCUUGACUCUGAGGACGGAGGGCAAAGAGCCCGACAUCCCUUUGUACAAGACGCUGCAGACCGUGGGACCCUCCCACGCCCGCACCUACACCGUCGCCGUCUACUUCAAGGGCGAGCGCAUCGGCUGCGGCAAAGGACCGAGCAUCCAACAGGCGGAAAUGGGAGCUGCCAUGGACGCGCUCGACAAAUAUAACUUCCCACAGAUGGCUCAUCAGAAGCGCUUCAUCGAGCGCAAAUACCGUCAGGAGCUGAAGGAGAUGAGACGCGAGCGCGAGCGACAGGACGACGACGACGAGCACGACGACGGCAGGAAGUGAUGACGAGGCGGAACGCCGUCUCCUCGUGUCCGUGAGUGGCCAGGCCGUCAAUGUUGCUCGUACGCUGAAAACACACCUUUUAAAGUAUUCUAAAUAAAGUCAUACGUCAGCGA